AUGGACGUUGGCCAUUUAUUACUUCUAUCAAUGUUAUAUAAAAAGCCUAAAGAUAGUUGGGAAGUACUAGUUUUACUCAAUAAUAAAAAUGUUUGCAUAUUUUUAGGAUUAGCUUCAGAGCUUUGGUCUAUUUUAACAUUUUCAAAAAAAUCUGAAGAUGCCGAAGUAUCUGAGCAGAGUGAUUUCCAACGGGCUCCGCUGGCCACGCAAAGUAUAUUAUUGCUUUUAGUGUUGGUGCAUAACUGGGCUACCGUCAACAAUCCUUACAGGCUCAGCUUAUUUUCUUGUUCAAAUCAAGAUAAUAACCCCUUGCCACCAACUAACGAAAAUUCAAUCUUCAAAUUAGAUUUUCAGUCAUUGUACUUAACUAUUUGUAAAAAAGCUAAUGGAGAUGCACCCACUCUUCUACUGUAUUUGUUGUUACAUAGAAAUGCUUCGUUUAAAACAUUUCUUUUAAGUAGGCUGGAUAUACAGGGCCUGAUUAUACCAAUUCUAAAAACUUUGUACAAUGCACCAAAUAGCCAUAGUCAUCACAUCUACAUGUCCAUUAUUAUUCUACUUAUUUUAAGUGAAGACGAUGUUUUCAACAAAACUAUUCAUCAAACCAAACUAAAAAAUAUUACGUGGUAUACUGAACGCCAACUCACUGAAAUAUCAUUAGGAGGUUUAUUAAUUCUGGUUAUAAUUCGUACGAUUAAGUACAACAUGCUAAAAAUGAGAGACAAAUAUCUACAUACGAAUUGUUUAGCCGCCUUAGCAAAUAUGUCAUCGCAAUUUCGCGAUUUACAUCCUUAUAUAAGCCAAAGAUUAGUGUCUUUAUUUGAGACAAUGGCAAAAAAGUACCAGAAACUGCAUAGAAAACUACAAAACGGAAAAGAAAUCAAGCUAGAUGAGACCACCAUUCAGAUAAAUGAUUCGACAGAAUUAGAACAGGAUGUAAAUGUACUCGAAGAAGUACUGAGGAUGGUUCUUGAGAUAAUAAACUCGUGCUUAACUUCGCAGUUGACAAAUAAUCCAAAUCUGAUCUACACUCUACUCUAUAACAGACAGGUUUUUGAAGCGUUUCGAGACAAUGUUGUAUUUCAAGAUAUAAUUUACAAUAUCGAUAUCGUAAUCAAAUACUUCUCUGAUUUGCUAAAUACGAAAUCCAACCACCAAGAAGUAGAUGCAUCUCAGGUACUACAAGUUAUUCAACAGGGAGGGCGACAGUGGCCUAGAGAUAAAUUGGCUAAAUUUCCUGAUCUAAAGUUCAAAUACGUCGAAGAAGAGCAACCUGAAGAGUUUUUCAUACCUUAUGUAUGGGAAUUAGUCAACCAACAGUCAGUAUUAAAUUGGCAUAAUAGUUCCACAGUUAGUGUUGCCGUUUGCUAGCAAUUAAGCAAUGAUAUUAGCAAUUUAGCUGAAUCAAAUUUUAUAUUGUUAUGAAAAUGUCGUUUUUGUUUUACUUAGCCAUUAAUAUUGAUACACAGAAAUGAAACAUUGUAUAUAUUAUUA